AUGGCGGUGAGCUUUGCUUUGGUAGUAGCAAUUGCAGCAUUGCUAGUGGUCUCCACCCAUGCCCAGUCCCUUGCUCCUUCUCCAUAUGAACAAACUCCCAGGACAAUCUCUCCUACUCCGGCUCAGUCACCUAUGAUAACUGCUACUCCUGCUUUGACGGUGACUGCCAUAACUUUGACGGCUGCUUCCACGACAUCUACCAAUGUUACAUCUUCACCAUCUUCUUCACCUGUUGUCACUGAUGUUCUAGCUUCAUCUCCAUCAUCAAUCUCUAGAUCUUCUUCUAGCUCUCCAACAGGGAGUGGAUCGAUAUGUUGGAAAUGCAGUAUAGCUAUACAGACGUAUUUGUGUGAUCAUGUGUUUCAAGCCUACAAAACUACCUUACAUGUGCCACGGGACCGACAAACAUGA